AUGAAUAUGGCUGCAGAUUUGAUUCCAAGAUUUGAUGGAAGGGAGGCCUAUUGGUGGCUGAUCCAGGCUGAGCAAUAUAUUGGGUCAAGAAGAAUGAGUGAAGAGAUGAAGCUUGAGUGGGCUGUUGCAUUUGCAUUGAGAGGAGAUGCUCUUGAUUGGUGGAUUUCUUGUAAGGAGAGUCAUCCAAAUACUUGUUGGUGGAAUUUUGUAAAGGCCAUUCUCAAGAAAUUCCAACCAGAAGUUUGGGAUUGUCUACUGGAGUCUGAAAAUGAAACAUGGGAAAUCCAAGGCAGCAGUGAAAUUCAAGAACCAAUAGCAUUACCAACUGAAGAAAAGAUUGGUGGUAAAGUUGAUGACUCACAAGUCCAACAAUAUAGUGAAAAAGAAGUUUAUAAAGCGGAUAUCAAAUCUGAUUGCGAGAGCGACAAAGUGAAAAAUACAGAUUCAUUGAUGGCCGCUAGUGAAGCAAAGGUCCAGAGAAGUGACAGAGAGUUGGUUAUUUCAUCACAUGCAAAGUCUAACAAGAAAUUUCCUAAGAUAAAGUCUAGGAACAAGAAAUUUCCACUACCGGUGCCACUGUUGCCACAACAAGUGGUCACGAAAGGACUACCAUUAGCAAGCAAAUUUGAUUCUGGGGGAAAUUUCUUAUUUCAUGUACACCUCAACCUUUAUGUUUCAAGGGAAGACAUUGGGGAGUUGAUCAUCUUGGAAUUGGAUAGGAAAAGGGGCCAUUUUGACAUUGGGAGGUGCAGAUCCUCGAAGUUUUGUGGUAUUAUUCGGUCCACACUAAAAAAAAAGAAUGGUUUAAAGCCAAAAAUCAUGAAUGAUGUAGUCUAUGUGAUGAUGAAUGGAGCUAGGAAAUCAUCAUACACUUUUUAUGAAGAUGAAUGGCAAGAAAAUAGAGAUUGUAAUGAUCAUAUGCACGAAGACAUCGAAUCCCCCAAUGUUAAAGAAGAUGUCACUAGUGUUGGUGAUGAUUUGGAUGCUCUAGUCCUAUUAAUGAUGAAGAAUUAUUAG